UGUCUUUGUGUGGUACACUUUGGGGGUGGUGCCACUUUCAUUUCUGCAUGUGCGUGCUGUGCAGGAUUCACUUCAUCUUCACAUAUGCAUCAUCGUCUCCGGUAGAGCCACAGCCUCAUGACCACAGCCGUCAGCACUCAGCGCACUGUGCCCUGAGAUGCAGCUGCUGUCUUAACAGGAAGCACCAACAAACCAGAGGAUACACAUCAAAAGAACAUCUCAGAAGGAAGCCCACUCAGGCGAGGCAAAAAGAAGUAGCAGUUUCAACUUCAAGGGAUUACAACAGGGGAUCAGUUGUUUUCUGCUUAUCAGGGUCUAAUUGGGAUCCUUCGCGAUGGGCUCACCUAAGAACCAAGAGAAGAAGCCAUUCAGACUGGAAGUGGAUGACCGGACAGAUGAAGAGAGGGAACAGGCCAAGGAAAAGGAUAAGGGUCUUUGGGCUUCUGCACUUCGGAUGGGAGCCUCUGAAAAGGACAGGAGACCUAUGGACUCUGAAUAUCAAGAAGACUUAGAGGACACCUCCCCAAAGAUCAAAAUCAACAGGAAUUUCAUGAAGGACAUAAGUGGAGUAAAAGGUGAAGCUUCUCAGGACAAGGAUAAGUUUGACAUGAAAAGGCUCUUUGCCGCUGUCUCCAGUGGAGAUGUUGCUCAGCUGAACGGACUUGAGGGAUAUCUCCAGCGCUCCAUGAAACACCUCAUAGACUCGGAAUACCAGCCGAAGGGCAAGACAGCCCUACUGAAGGCUCUCCUGAACCUUAAAGAUGGCAGAAAUGACACGAUCCAGUCACUUCUUGACAUUGCUGAGCGCAUGGGGGAUUUAGAGGAAUUUGUUAAUGCAGCGCAUACCGACCCUUAUUACAAAGGCCAGACCGCCCUUCAUGUAGCCAUUGAGAGAAGGAGCAAAUACUUUGUGGAGCUUCUGGUCCAGAAAGGAGUUGAUGUUCAUGCCAAGGCCUGUGGGAAGUUCUUCCAGCUGCAUAAGGGACACUGUUUCUACUUUGGGGAACUGCCUCUCUCGCUGGCAGCCUGUACCAGCCAGAAAGACAUUGUUGACUUCCUUUUGGACAACCGCUACCAGAAUGCAGAUGUGCGUGAAACCGACUCGAGAGGUAACAUCGUACUCCACGCCCUGGUGAUGGUAGCAGACAACAGUCCAGAGAACACAGACUUCAUCAUCAAGAUGUACGACCACAUCCUGACCAGGACUGCCCAGCUACAUCCCAAGGUCAAACUGGAGGAGAUGGAGAACAAGCAAGGCCUCACUCCAAUCAAGCUAGCGGCCAAGACUGGAAAAAUAGAGCUGUUAAAACACAUAUUACAACGGGAGUUCCAGGGCAGCAACAGACAUCUUUCGAGAAAGUUUAAUGAGUGGGCGUAUGGACCUGUAUGCUCCUCACUCUAUGACCUGUCAUCAGUGGACUCCUUUGAGAAGAAAUCUGUUCUUGAGAUAGUCGUGUACGGCACUGAAAUACCAAAUCGUCUGGAGAUGCUUCAGUUGGAGCCACUCAACCAGCUGCUGGAAGAGAAGUGGAAGAGAUUUGUUUAUCCAGUGUUCCUCUUCAGCUUUGUGGCUUAUGUCAUGUACCUCUGUAUCUUCUCUACUGUGGCCUACUACAGGAAGGAUCAAGUCGAAGGCUCAAAUGGUUCAGGACCUCCAUAUCCUGUGGACGAUAACUUGGAGGAUUAUUUACUUCUUUCAGGGCAUAUCAUACUUCUCUUGGCUUCUGUUUACUUCUUUAUUAGAGUGAUACUUGACUUUAGAAGAAAACGGCCAUCAUUGGGAACCUUUCUAGUUGAUGGAUUCUCUGAAUUCCUUUUUUUCAUCCAGGCAGUUCUCUUCAUGGCCUGCGCGGCCUUCUACCUCUGUGGUAGGAUGGAGUAUCUUGGGUGCAUGGUGUUGUGUUUGGCCCUCAGCUGGGUGAACCUACUGUAUUACUCCAGAGGAUCCAAGAACAUGGGGAUUUACAGCGUCAUGAUCCAGAAGCUCAUCCUUGGGGACAUAUCUCGUUUCCUAUUUGUCUACAUGGUUUUCCUCCUUGGAUUUUCUGCAGCAAUAGUCACCCUAUUGGAUGAUCCAGAGAAGACCUCACCCAACCCAAAGGCACGUCUUAUUAUAACUCCUUGUGGUAAACCAACCUACAAAAACUUCUACUUCACUACUCUGGAGUUGUUUAAGUUCGCCAUAGGCAUGGGGGAUCUGGAGUUCACCGAUCACUACCACUACAAGGAGGUCUUCUACGUGCUGCUUAUCUCCUACAUAGUCCUCACCUACAUCCUGCUCCUCAACAUGCUCAUUGCCCUCAUGAACAAAACGGUGGAGAAGACUUCUGAGGAGAGCACCAACAUCUGGAGACUGCAGAGAGCUAUCACCAUUCUGGAUAUAGAAAGACGCUUACCAAAGUGUCUGAAGCGCAGAUUUCGCUCUGGAGUGGAGAAAGACCUGGGCCAGGGCAGUGAAGAGGACCGUCGCUGGUGCUUCAGGGUGGAGGAGGUCAACUGGAACAAAUGGAACAGUGUUAUGGGCAUAAUACAUGAGGAUCCUGGGAAUCAAGACACCUCAAUCCUCUCACCCCCUCUUCUCAGACAAGGGACAGAAAGAAGAUGGCGAGGUUUCCUGAGGGAUUUCAGUCUCCGUCGCACUCAUCACGGACGACAACAUCAAGGACAAGAGAUGGGCCUCCUGCCACCCAGUCAUGUCUGAACAAAAUGCCUUCUCUCUCCUCAACUUGCACCUAAAUAUACAAUAGGACCCACUUGUUUUUUCCAUACUCGUGCGAAUCCCAUGAGUCUUCCAAGGUGUUUCGAGCUGGACCUUGCAAGGACCAAUCAUGGAGCGCAGUCAAGGAGACAUGGUGCAAAAUUAGUGGUUCCUGCUGUAUCACAAUGAUAUCAAGGAGUAUAAUUGCCAAGUGUUAUAUGGCCUGGAAUGUGCUUGUGUGGGCCACAGCAUGCCGACAGAGUCAGCGCUGGGCUGAAUGGGGGGGUGAUGUAGCUCAGUGAGCUAAUGUACUGCACCAUAAAUCUGGGGACCCGGGUUCAAGUCCCACAUGAGGCCAUUUCCAGAUCCUUCCCCCAUAACUCUCUUCCAUUCAUUUUCUGUCAUCCUUUCACACUGUCCUAUCUGAAUAGCAAACAAGCCCAAACAUCUACAACACUGGGCUGAGUUAAUCAACAUGAAUGAACUGACCAUUCAUUUUGCACAUUAUAUAAUCAUAACUAAACCUUCCUGCAGUAAUAAUGUGAAAAACUAACAAUAUAUGUGUGUAGAGUAAUACUGUUCUAAAAUUCAUUAAUGUAUGCAUGUGGAGUGGGAACAUCACAUGCCAUGAUAAGCAGGGGAUCGGAGUGAACUAGGUUUGACUGAUUUUAUUGUUGUAAAUAAAUAUGUAUAUACUGAUCAUUUUCUUUGUUUUGAGAAAAAUAAUGUCAUAGUCAUUCUGAUAUUCUUCCACACUAGCCUGUUUAUCAUAGACUUUCAAAGAAGCAACGCCGGCAAAGGUGUUGCGUCACUAGGAGGGUGUAGCCUGGCUACUUCCACACGUCCAUGUACACAUCCUUUACUGUAGGCCUCUGCUACCCUCUUGUGGGAAAGGUGCAAAGUAGGGUACAAAUGCAAUUUUUUGCAUAUUGCUAGUUUAGGUGGAGUACUUUGAAAAUCUGAUGGGUGCUACCCAUGAGCAUUUUUUUUUUAUAAAUGACAUAUGCCAUGCCCAUAGGAAACCCACAGAAAAUCAGUUAUACAUCCUUUUAUACAAACACAUCAUGUUUGUUAUGAAAUUACACCUCGUGUUACACAUAAAUCAUUAAUGGCAACAAAAAAUAACAAACUAAAUGAAAUGGUCAGUAAAAUUGUUUGACCUGUAAAAUUGUUUGACCCUCACCCUCAA